AUGUGGAACACGGGACGUGGGGGCGGCCCGCAUUCAGGGCAAACAUCCGGCGCCGCCGUUCGGACCCUGUUGAUGACCGUUACUGCUAACCAUUUAGCUACCACGGCAUUCGGAAACGAAGAGGAUCGAGCGUCUGGCGAGAUUGUCCAUGAAACGGUAUCUACGCUUGUAUAUACAGAGAGCUUUGUUGUUGACAACGAGGAAAAGACUUCCCCUACCACUCAGACUCUUCCUGAGAAUAUUGCUUCCGAGACGGGGAUAUCUGAUCUGCCUGAACUAUCUGGCAGUGUUGAGUCUCUUCUAGACGAAGAGGCCGUUGAAUCUCCUCCAGUGCCAGCACAACUGGAGAUUGCGCGCCCUCGUGUCCAAUGUCAGGUCUCUUGUGCAAGCACCCGAAGCAAACGUGAACGGCAUAUCAGCUCCGACGACUUUGGGAAGAUGGCUGUUUCCAUUGCUGGGGACAAGGGUCCUCUGGCAGCCCCUCGUCAUGAUGCUCCUGUCACCAAGGAGCCCCUGCCAGUUCCUCCAGCUCUCGAGCGAUCUGAUUUCAAUACAGCCGAGUCGAAAUUGCCUGCCAAGUCCAUCACAGCUUCGAAGGGCUCAUCGCAACCUUCGUCCCAAAGCCUCAUGCGUGGCUUUUGGCCUUCCCAGAUUCCUCCCCCUCAAACUAUUCUCGGUGCUGCUCCAUCAUCAGACGAGAUUCAGGAGUCUCAGGCAUCGCCUGUGUCUAGUAAACAGGGCCAGAGUCUCAGGCCCAUUGCCAGGAAGCCCGUGUUUCAGAUCGGCGGCUCCUCUGAAGAGGAUGGCUGUCUUCAGAGCGCCAUGGGUUCAUCACGGGCUGACCCUUUCAUCUCUACACACAAGAGACAGGCCUCCUUCGGUAACAAUGUUAUGACACGAACAAUAGAUGAUGAGGCUGCUGUGGACUCGGAUACCGACGACUAUAUCGACGAGAGCGCCAUUGAUGAUGAUGACGACUCUUCGGAUUGGGAGGACGCAACGGAGGAGAGCGGCAAAUCCGGCAUGGACAAUAAGUUCUUCCAGCGGGUGGACUCCAAGCUCAACUUGGCCUCGCGACAAUCACUCAUUACUCUCAUGCUUGCUCAGAAUGAUUGCGCGCGUACUCUUGGCAACCACGCUUCUCAAUCGAUGCUAGCCAUUCCACGAUCUCGUAUGGCCCACGGCCCAUCAUUGGGUGCCUCGCCUAAUGAUUCUGACGAGGCUCCCCUGAUGAUGAAGGGCAUGCGUGGUCCAGGUGUCAAGCCUUUUCAUGAGGUGCCUCGUUCUAGGGCUCAACCCAUCAUGACUGGCCCCAAUCACAUUCAGCCUCAAGUUGCGCUGUCACCUCGCACCACUCGUCGCAACAUGUUGGCGACUGAAUUGACCGAGUCUCUUCGACGCCACCUCCUCUGGGAGCGACAAGUGAAGUCGUCGACGGUCAAUGCUGUCCUCAAGCGAAAAGGUCAAUCAAAAGAUGUGGGCAACCUAAAGCAGUACCCUGAGAAGCCUUAUAUGAAGAAGAGCGAGGAUGUGAAGGCGAGCAGCUGGAACCCACCAUUUGGUCACCAGGCCGCCGACCUCUUCCACACCCGAGGAUGGUGA